CCUGUACUCCGUGUGUGACACAGACUCGUCCCGCUCCUUCUCCCUCACUGUGCCCCCAUCACACGUCUCCUCCCCCGGCGGCCUCUCCUCCUCCUCGUCCCUCCUCCCCACCCGCCGGCCUCUCCCGGUCCCCUCCUACCGCCUGUCCCCGGGCAGGACACGGAAGAUGGCGGCGGAUGAUCGGCAGCGGCCGGACUCGGCUAAGGAGAAGCGCCGGGAGCAGCUGAGCCGGUGGCUGGGUUCGGAGACCGAGCGAUGCCUGCCCCCCGGCUGCAUCCGCCGCCCUCCCCGGGUGCGCUUCGCCCAAGGAGCCGUGUUUAUGGCCGCUUGUUCGGCUGGAGACCGGGAGGAGGUUCGGGAACUGCUGGCGGCCGGAGCCCCGAUCAAUGGCACCAAUGUGGACGGACUGACAGCCCUGCACCAGGCCUGUAUUGAUGAAAAUAUGGAAAUGGUUCAGUUUUUGGUGGAAAAUGGAGCCACUGUGAACCAGCAGGACAAUGAGGGUUGGACCCCCCUACACGCAGCAGCAUCCUGUGGCUUUGUCAGCAUUGCACAGUACUUGAUCUCUAAGGGCGCAAGUGUAUCUAUUGUGAACAGUGAAGGGGAACUUCCGCUGGAUGUCUCUCAUGAGAGCGCUAUGGAGAAACUGCUGAAGAGUGAGGUCAAAAAGCAAGGUGUGGAUCUAGACUCUGUGCGAAGAGAGGAGGAGGAGCUCAUGCUGAGAGAUGUUCGGCGCUGGCUGAACAACGGAAAAUACGAGGAUAUCCGACAUCCAACCACGGGGGCUUCCCCUCUGCAUGUAGCUGCAGCAAAGGGCUACACUGAAGUGAUCAGGCUGCUCCUACAAUUGGGGUUUGACGUGGACUCCCGUGACUUAGAUGGUUGGACUCCCCUGCACGCGGCCACUCACUGGGGCCAUCAGGAUGCAUGCCGUCUCCUGUGUGAGGCUCUCUGUGACAUGGAGGCUGUCAACAAAGUGGGUCAGACGCCUUUUGAUGUUGCAGAUGACAGUUUGGAGUCUGUGUUGGAGGAGCUGAAGAGCAAACAGAGUGUGUUACGCUUGGAGAAGAUGAAGACUGCGCCACAGAUUAUGUCUCAGACAAGUCCUCUCAACCAGAAUGCAGCUAACAGAACAAGGAGGAGUUCUAUUUCUCGUCUGAGCAGCCAGGAAAAGGUCGCACUGCGUGUACAGGACAAAGAGCGCAGUGCGCAGCCGCUUACCAAAACUGUGCCUACCAGCCAGCCCAUCGCGUCCAGCUCUGAAGAGUCCGGUUCUGAUGCAGAGUCAGAGAAAGUUAAAGCUCAAGAAAGGAUUAAUAACUUGAACAAUCAAUUGAGGAACCUGUCGGGUACAGCAGCAAAGAAGACCCCUGCUGUCCAGGAUCAGGAGAAAUCUGAGCCGUCCCUAGGAUCAUGGCGAGCCUCCCUUAGGAAGACUGGUAGUUCUGGAACUCUGAGCUCUGGCACCGCUGCCGAAGAAGGCCGGAGAGCAGCAUUACCAAAAUCUGCAUCCAGCUCCCAGCUAGCAGACAGAGAGAAGACAGGGGCUGAGCUUCGGUUAGCACGGGUCCUUCCAAGCCAAAAACUGCUCACUAACCAGGAAAAUGUGAGGGAACCUCAGUUUGUCCGUGGGUCAUACACUCGGCAGCGGAACAACGAAGAUGAAGGACUUGGCUCACUCCGUAGGCAGAGAGGAGAUCCUUUGACUACGAAGACCGAAACCUCCCUGCCUAAAAGGGAGCCCUUAACAACUAAACCCGAAAGUCCUUUUACGAGUGGGAAUACUGUGACUGCUAAAGUAGAUACAACAGUUUCAGUGACAAAUUCGAUUGGAAGAAAUGGAAAGACUACAAGUACAAAUUCAGAGCCAGUAGCCAACACAGAGACCAAAGAGAGGCGCAGGUCUUACCUGACUCCCGUAAGAGACGAGGAAGCUGAGGCUCAGCGAAAGGCAAGAUCUCGCCACGCCCGACAGUCCCGGCGUUCCACUCAGGGAGUGACCCUGACGGAUUUGAAAGAGGCUGAGAAGGUCAUCAAAGGACAGCAGGAAAAUAAAGUAGUAGAAACAGAACCAGCAAAGAUUCAAUCAAAAGAGGAGACUAGCAAAGACAACCAAAUAAAACCAAGGAGCAGUCGUGCGACUGUUGAUGACGGGGCAGAGGUUAGCUGGAGGGCUCGUAACGCUAGUUUGCAGAAAUCGGAUCUUUUAGGCAUAACCACUCCAGAACCAACGCCGACCUCCUCGGGUUCCCAAAGGCGAGGUGGAGGGCACAGUUUAGAGAGCAAAGAGAUGCAGAAGUCCAAGGAGGAUGAGAAAGAAAGUGAUGAGAAAGGUGGGAGGAACAAGGCAGGUGUGCGAGACCGGAGGCGGCCACGCGGGAAGAGGAGAUCCACCGGAGUUCCAGUGACCACUAGAGAUUGCGAUGGAGAAGAUUCAGAAGAGGAGGAUGGGGCGGAGGAGAGUCCGCAAGCUCAGGUAGAUGGACUUAGCUCUCGGGCUGAGACAGUCUCUAAUGCGCACACUGCAAGCCGCAUAGAAGCAGCUAUAGCGGCUGAGCACAGGGACACUAAAGACUUCAAAAAACUGUAUGAAGACCUGAUGAGAGACAACGGACGUCUUCGCUCCCAGCUGCUAAACACCCAGAACUUGGUGAAUGAUACAAAAGCAGAGUUGGAGAGAGCCAACCAGAGGCAGGAAAGAAGUGUGGACAGGUCCUUUCUCAUUGACACUGAGAAAAAGGAAAAGGUCAUCCUGGAGCGCAGAUUAUCUGAACUUCAGGACGAACUCAAGGUUCUCGGAGACCUAAAGGCCGAUAACCAGCGUCUGAAAGAUGAGAAUGGAGCUCUAAUCAGAGUUAUCAGUAAGCUGUCUAAAUAGCACGGCUGCCUCAGGACUACUCUGUUACCUGCUCUCUCGCGUGUCACCCCAUUGGGGCAGACCAGGUGGACAUACGGAGAAUAUUACAGGGAGCUGGAGUAUAAAGGAUGUGUGUUCAGCCCCUUCCCUUCUAUCACUUCACCCCUUUUCCGCACAGCCACCCCUGAGACUGUCUGGGAGUUGUCACAUUGGAGGCCAUGUUGUCUUCUUGGAGCAUUGCUAAAAGGCCAAGACCAUCUGCAGAGAAGGUGUUUAUAUUACCUGUAUUUUACAAAACAGAAAAGAAAACCAGAACAAAAGAAACACUGCCACUUGAGACCCUCCCGGUCUGCUUUUGUUGCCAUCUACAGCAGAUUUUUUUAAAACCUCCUAUAUUCACCCCUGCUCUCUUGGCAAGAUCGGUUGACCAGAGAUGACACUUAAGAAUAUAUUUUCUGUACAGGUUUUUGGCGGACACCACAAAAUGACCUUCAGACUAUACCCUCUGAUUCAAAGAUUCCUACUUUAUAAGGCGGUGUUCCUCACAUCUACUUAACCACUGGAGAACCCAGGAUCCAAAAAAAAAAUCAAAAUGCAGUUCAGGUACAAAGACUCAACUGGACAAACAAACGCUCAGAUUCAUCACCGUAGAUGAGCCCCCUUGAUUUUUUUUUUUUUUUUUUGGAGUACUGUGGAAUUCUAGGAGAGGGACACAGACUGUGGGACAGCGGGCCAGAUUGGAAUGUUCUAAAGGUGACUGGGACCUCUGAUGUAUGGAGGUGGCUGCUUUAUUAUGUCCAGACCAUUGUGUCCUACCCCUUGUAUGCACAGCGAGAUAAUCACAGGAUGGAGUACAGAGGCCUGAUUGGGGUGAGCAACAUUUGACCAUCCAGAUCCAAAGUUUGGGAAGUGCACACAUUUGUACGAUCGUGUUUUGGUUUUAGUUUGUUGUUUCCAAAGUGUUCUUCUUUUUCUCUUAUGCAACUGAUGUCACGAUGUUGAAAUAAGCUGCCGGUUUUGGGUAGGUAACACAGUAUGUUCUUUUUUUUUUUCAUGAGCACAUUUGCAACACUAAACUCCAAUUGCAUUAUUUCCCCCACUUUUGUUAGAUUUUGUUGUUGUUGAUCAGGGAGAGAGGAUUUUAUUUAUUAUAUAUAUUUUUUAUUACUUUUUUUUUUUUUUCUCUUUGGAGCAGAGUGGCAGUAAUAAGUCAUUUUUCUUUUAUAUCCAUAAACGGUUAAAUACCAUGCCCAUCCUAAGUGGCAGAGAUUGCAGGAGGGCUACUACCGCAGGUUCUCCUCUCAUUUAUUCUCUACUCAAGCAAGUAACAAGUAAUAAGGCUGAUGCAUUGGUCCGACUCGCUCUUUGCCAAGUUCACACCUAUUUAUCAGACUGUUGUAGCCCAACCACUGUAACUCACCCGAAUGAACUGUGUGGGCAGGGAUCUAAACUUUAGUAGACACAUCUGGUUUUAGAAAAUAAGUUAUAUGACGAGACAAAUAGAUAAAAUGCCAGCGGCCAUGUCCGUUUUAUGGGAUGAUGUUUUUGAAAACUGAUGCACAGUAAAUAAAGGUCAGGAGGGGGAGAGGUAUCAAGUUUUGGAGAGAUAAAGUACUAACCAAUCAGCUCCUAACCGUCAUGUUUUAAACACAGCCUGUAAAAUGACAGAAGCUGAUUGCUUGGUACUUUAUCUCUCUCUCUCUCUCUGAGGUUUGAUACAUUUUUUUUUCUAGUACGAUUUAGAAAAUGAAAGCAGAUACCUGCUUAGUUGCUGUUUGUCUCAACAAACUUUCUCUGCACCAGUUUUCAUUAAUGUCCAUGAUUAACAACAGCCUCGCUCACAAAUAUGCAACAUUCAGUAACCCGUUCUGCCUCUUUGUGGGGGUAUGUAUCAAGUCUUGGAGAGAGAUAAAGAGCUAACUGAUCAGCUUCAAUAAUUUUACAGGGUGUGUUUGAAAAAUGGCAGUUUUGAGCCGAUUGGUUGGCACUUUAUCUGUUAACUUUAUCUUGCUCCAAGGUUUGAUACAUCUCCCCCUUUUUGUGUGGUUAUUAAAACCUAUCCUGCAAUAGACCUUACAUUUCUUCAAACCCUCGUGAAUCACAAUGGGGGCAAUGUGUGUAUCUCUUUAGCAGAAAGGUGGUUAAUCUGUGACAAGGCAGAAAUCUGUCCCUGUUCCCAAGACAUAGAGGGAAAGAAAUUCUUUAUUCUGGGAGCAGAGCAGUGAGAAAAACCAGGAGGCUGGAAUGUAACACUCUCUCUCACUCUCUCUCUCUGGCAUCGAACCAGCUGAGAGACAUACGGGGCUGUGUAGCUGACAUUGAAAGCACAUGCCUUGGGUAGGUGAUGAGAUGCUCAUACUCCCCGGGACCUCUCCAGUCUUUCCUGAUACUAAUCCCCAAAUCUUCCCCCUCCUCAAUCAGUAUGCACCGUAUUCGACUUCUGCCUGUGUUUUAUUUUUUUCACUCACGUGUUAUUAUUUUGUGCAAUAUAUUGUAUUUAUAAAUUGUUUUAACAAACACUGCGUUUUUGUUCAAGUUGCAGUACUGCCUUUUUUGCUUUGAUUUUUGUUUGUAUAAUUUAUAAAUGCACUGUUUUUAUUUUGCAAGGCACUCAUUUGUGUGUGUGUGUGUGUUUGCUCAUUUGCCAACAUUUCCGCCUCCGUUUGUCAUGUGACCUUGCCCGGUUCUGUCCUCCCGUGUCCAACACAGGAAUUGGCAUGCUCUGACACUCCAUCUUGUAAAAUGGAAAACUUACUUUGUCAUGUGGAGUGCCGAGGGAUACCCAUACCUGGCUUAACCUGAUUGAUGUAUCCCAUUCCAUUAGUAUCCUCUUGUGUAAGUAUGUCCUUCUGAACAGCCUUGUGUGUCUUAUCGGUGAUGGGAUAUCCUCUCAUCACCCCAAACCUACAAAUAAACUCACUUUGAAACCUA